AUGCACUUACAUCUCCGGUCAGUGAGAGGAGUGGAUGCAAAAGGACGAGUUCACAUUUCUCUAGAGGAUAUGGCCGAGAUCUAUCGAAACUUCCAUGCAGCACUCAGUGAGACGUACUGGGAAACGGCUUCAAAUCACAAAAUCUGCACCGAUGCUAUGGAGAUGCUGAAAACAACGCAUAUCUCCAAGAAGAACGGUCGAUUCCUCUUUCUGUUCACGUCCGUUCUUUCGGAAGCGUAUAGCCAUGCUCACUACAAUAUACAGGAGCUACUCUACGAUAACAGGGAUGAAGUUCGAACAACCUAUUGGUCUGACAUCUUGAUGCUGUACAAGGCAGUGAUGAUGAAAGCUGAUAAGGUAUAUUCGCAUACCAAAUGCAGUCAACGUCUGGCUUUGCUACUUCAUUUCGCAACGUUAUACAGUUUGUACAAAGAUGUCGCCGAAGAGGACUUCAUUAUAUCGCUGUAUCAAUUAGCGGAGGAGUACUUCGCCAUCGACAAGCAUAGACUAACUGACUCUGAAGUUGAACAAAUCAAAGAGUAUCACGAUGCUAUCCAAACCAUUUACUAUUUACGUGGUGAACAUCGAAAAGUUAAUGGUCAAGGCGCCGCCCUUGAGCCAGAUGAAGCGCCAACGCUGGUGAUCAACGAAGAAGACGUAGUUGAAGAUGCACAGACGGAAUCUCCCUCAAAGAUUCCGUUAUCAAAGGACGAGCUCUGUGCCAUCUACGAUGAAGCGCUCAAACGACAUCAGAAAAUAGUUCUGAAACGUCAGCAGACAUUAGAUCAAGAGCGGCUGGAAGGUGCCGACUCGAACACACUGGAGGUUUCCAUUGUUGAGGAGAAUGGUGCAGCUUCCGGAAUGGACGUUGCUCAGACAAGCACGCAAAGGUUGCAGUCGAAUGGACAGUCAGCACACAUCGCAUCAGAGGUCGAGUUGGAAAGCGCCAUUAAGAAUUUGAACUCGUCCGCAACCUCCGACGUGCAACCCAACGUGGCGGAAAACUCGUCAAUAGCGAAUGGGAGCGAUAAAGCCGACAAUGCAACCAAAGACGACAUUGAGGAACUCAUUGAAACAUUGGACGCUUUUGACUACAAAGAAGAAUUUGAUCGACGAUUCCGUCAACGGAAGGCCCCACGGACGAACGCUGUUGACCUUCCCGUGAUAGGCCGACCUAACAAAGGAGAUGUUGUACACAGCUAUCGUCGCAGAGGACUUUUCGACAACAUUAAUUACCGGCAGCCCUCGCCUAGGCACCGUAUCGCCUCCAUUGACAGUUCUGAUAACGGAGCUAUGACGCAUGUUGCGUUUUCCUUUGACGAGAUGGAUCUGAUCCAAGUCGCUGAGGAAAGCAGGGAACCCAACAACAACACCCUCUCACCAAAUACCUGCCUAGCAAACAAGAUCGUACGAGCAGUACUGGCUGAGAGACCCGUGAGUCCGAUCCAACCUCGUCAUCGACGACGGUCGCUGAUAAUCUGA